UGUUUACGCAUUGGACGACGGACGUCCUGAUGUAAAACAAUAUACAAAUAGUGUACUUAUAAUAUUUAUAAAUAAGUUAAAAUGUUGUUCAAGUUUCUGUUGUUAUUUUCAGUGGUAGUUUCUAAUAAUGCUGAUUUCGACGGCAGCUGGGCGGACCGUUCCUGUACCUCUGUUACCCUCAAGAAUGGGAGAGUGAGAUGGAGGCAGAGGCAUAGAUUGGCCAGGUUCAUGUGCUUCCAGGGGUACAUCCUGGUCGGCAGCCGGUACGCCUCGUGUGUCAACGGGGAGUGGGAUUCCCGCAUUCCUGUUUGUGUGCGGCCCGGCUGUCCCAGACCGAGUAUAGACCACUCCUUAAUCAUGGAGAGGCACCAUGACGCUUGGCUCACAAUUUUCUGCCUACCGGGGUAUAAACGAAACGGUCCAUCUGUCAUGUACUGUGACGGAAGACGGUGGAACGGAACGGCGCCAACGUGUGAUGUUGCUGCGCAAACGCAAACAACCCAGCUGAGCUGUGACUUCGAAGACCCUGACAUAUGCGGGUGGAAGCAGGAUGAGCUUCACGAUUUCGACUGGAAGAGGCUCAACACUAGGACACCCAGUUCUUUCCUGAACACGGGGCCACCUCAUGAUCAUACAUACGGAAAGAACGGAUCAGGAUACUACAUGUAUAUCGAGAGCACAUCACGCAUAGAAAAUGACACAGCCCGUCUCAUCUCGCCUGUGUUCAGACAGGCUUUGACAGAAGACGGCUGUUUUUCAUUCUACUAUCACAUGUUUGGCAGGAGUAUAGGAGGCUUGAGAGUAUACCAAAAACCGGACAGCUUGCCAAUAGAGUCGAUGCUGAAACUGACGGAGGGUGAGAAACAGCAGUACCUGCUCUUUGAGCUGUGGGGUAACCAGGGUGAUACGUGGUAUAGAGACGUUUCUAUGUUGAAGAACCAAUCUGAAGAUUUUCAGAUAGUCAUCGAAGGCUUACGAGGCUGGAGUUACACCAGCGACAUAGCUAUAGACGACGUGGCUAUACUCCAGGGUCAGAACUGCUCGGCUGCCAAGCAACAGGCCUCCACGCCGCCAGAUCUCAAUUCGGAGACCUGCCUAGGCCGUUGCAAUUUGUUGGGAGAAUUGGAAAAUAGCGGUACAUGUCAAUGCUCUAUAUCCUGCAUUGAUCAUCAAAAAUGCUGUGCCGACUUCUUCGAAGUAUGCGUUUUCAACGGAGAAUGGCCAACAACAGAUGACGACAAAGCGACUUCAGGAGAUCUGCCACAAACAGAAAAACUAGUUGCUUCUAAUGCAUCAGAAUCUAUUGAACAUAUCACAACUAUUCCAACUACUGUUACUACUACAAUCAAAACUACUACAAUUGGAAGUCCAAUAGCAACGUCCAAACUCAAAACUACUACAGCUAAAGUAAUCAAAACUACUCCAUCUAUAAAAUUAACUACUACGAAAAAAACUACACCUAAGCCAUCUGUUACACCAAAUGCUACAUUAUCUAAAAAUGCUACUAGAGUGAUUUCAACAAAAGCAACCACAUUGAAACCCACUAUCAAAACUACAAAAGUAAUGUUUAUGACGUCGACUUUAAGAAGCGUAGCGCUGAACGCUAAAACUUUAGUUGGAGAUGAAUCAAGUAACUCCGGAUGGCGAACUACUCUCCUCGUGAUAGCUAUCCUUAUCUGCUGUGUAGGUCUAGUAUGGAUAGCUCACGAAGCCAGGGGGUCCAGAGGCAGGCUGUUGAUGGCCAGGCUUCGGGGGAGAGCCCAGCGGGACCCUGAAGUGCGGUAUCUACACGCAGACACUGAUGAUCAAUAA